AUGGAAAAUUUGAUCUCAAAGAAAAUGAGAGAGGAGAAACGCAAUGGAUCUGUACUUGCCUGGCAGCUUCCUGUAUCUUUUUCCAGCCGGGAUGAAGCAGAGGUUUCUACUAGUGCCCCUCCUAUUUUAGCAGAAACUGACAUUUCCUAUAGCAGCAAUCCAUGUAGAACAGCCAAUUUGAAAAAGAAUUUGCCUGAAGUCUCUUUGUUGAAAAAAAGUUUGUAUCAGUUUCUUGGAAGACCAAAGUCCCUUAGCUGUCUGACAUCCAAACACUUCAAAAGAAACCCUCAGAAGAUUGUCAAGUGUCCUAAGAUAUUGAUACAACCAUCUCCUCAACCUUGCAUGAAACUAGAAGAAAGAAUUAGCAUAAGUGAAUUAUUGGUCAGGAUUGACUCAAUCAGUAAAACUAUGGAACAUCAGAAUAGUGGGAAGUAUUCAUCUAUCAGCAGGGCCUUCAGCAUACCUAGUGUCUCCACAAAAUUGUACAACAUUCCCUGGAUUCUGACACCAAGCAAAGGCAAAAUGUGCCAAGACUGGAGAGGGGUGAUAUCACAGAAACCUUUAGAUGUGCAAGAGAAGUUAAAGAUGCCACAAAUACAUCAAAUGAUUACAACAGAUUUCCAGGCCAACAAACUCAAGAGAGCUUCAUCUACAGCUAAGAAGCCAGAAAGGAGAGCUAGCAGUGCAAAACGUAUUGUCUUUGAAACGCAGGAAAAAGUUAAAAGAAUUGGACCACACCUAGAAAUCUUUGAGGCUUUUCAUGGAGCCAGAAGGAAGACUAGCUUUAGAAAAUUAGUAAAUGCAAUUGUUUGCAUUCAGAGAUUUGUCAGAGGAUGGCUUGAACGUACCAGAUAUAGGAGAAUAAAGAUGAAGUCUGAAAGUCAUGGGCCAUCCCUUUCGGCAGUUGUGAAGAAAUACCGUAAAAUGUUGAGUCGUAUUAAGCGCCGAUCUGGUCUUUUGAAUCUAUCUACAUCGCUAAGCUUUUCAGAACUAGAGGAGUGGAUGGACAAGAAAACAUUUUAUGAAACAAUGUUUGCCAAGAGAGAGUUCUGGAAAGAGAUGGACAGAAGUGAUCUGCCUGGAUUUUUAAGAGACUGUGGACAUUUUCUAUCCUCACAUCAAAUAGAUGAGGCUUUGCGUGUGGUCUGUCCAGGUUCUUCUCGUGUAAAAGGAAUAAAGAGGCAUCAAGCUGUUGAAGUGGCUUUUAUGCUAUGUCCUCCUUCAGGGGCAGGACUGAAGAGUGCAGUUACUGUUAAGUCAACGUGGGUGCAGCCUGUAGUGGAUGGAAAAGAAGGAUACAAAUUUUUAGAGAGUGGACAUCCAGCAUUAAAGGCAGCUGAUCUUCGAGUGGCAGCAGAGUUAGUAGCCUCAUCAAUGAGAGAAUGGAAAUGGAAAAACCCUUCUCAGGAUUCCUAGUGUUGGGGAGA